UCUGACCCUCCUGCCCUCUCCAGGCUCCCUGGCUUCCGCCUGGUACAUGGCUGAGACACCUGCCAAGAUAAAGGCUUUUCCUGGGCAAGGGUUACAGCUGCAGGGACCCCACCCAGGAUCCAGGGAGACACACUCCUCUCCACUCUGUCAUAGCAGCCAGCUGUGUGAGGAGAAAUUUGCCUUCUGGCCCCACCCUGGAAGAGGAGGCGCUGCCCUUUCGAGGAGGAGGGCUAGACAUGUCAGAGGCACUGUCCUGCCCCAGCAAGGAGACACCUGCCGCAAGCUACAGGCUGGGGCCCCUGUACCGGGCCUGUGCCCACAAUGACCCUGUCCAGCUCCAAGCUGUGCUGGAUGCUGGGGUGUCCCCAGAGGAGGCCACCCAAGUGGACAGCAAUGGGAGGGUGAGGUGCCUGCCCCAGGGGCAACCCAGGGCAGCUGGGGGCAGCUCUGUCUCCCCACCGUGCUGUCUUGGUCUGGCUCCUUGAGAGUUUCAGGAUCGAUCCGAACAGUCUGGGUCCUUAGAAGGAAGGGGUGGGUGAAGGUGGGACAUGCCCUGUGACAGGUGUGGGCUUUGAGGCACGGGUCCCUAGGGAGACCCUGGAGGAAGGUGGAGACUGAGGCGCCCCAAUCCCAGACAAGCCUCAUGGUUGCAUGUUACCAAGGCUUCAAGGGUGUUGUGGCCCUGCUCAGCUGCUGUCCUUUCCUGGAUGUGAACCAGCAGGACAAAGACGGGGACACAGUCCUCAUGCUGGCUGUCCAAGCAGGCCACGUGCAUCUGGUGAGUCUCCUGCUCAACUACUUCUUGGGCCUGGAUCUGGAGCGCCGGGAUCAGAGGGGGCUCACAGCACUGAUGAAGGCUGCCAUCCGGAACCACUCUGAGUGUGUGGCCACCCUCCUCAUGGCUGGUGCUGACCUGACCUCUGUGGAUCCUGUCCGGGGCAAGACAGCCCUGGAGUGGGCCCUGUUGAUGGAGAGCUUCAACAUGGUGUGGAGGAUCCAGCAGCUGCUGUGUCGGCCCUGCGCAGAGCAGCUCAGCCAGCACUACCACCUUGAAUGGCCAGCCUUGCCCAGGCUUGUAGCCCAGGCCCAAGCCCAGGGUACCCUGUCCUUCCUAGAAAGGUUGCAGGCCACCCUGAGUCUGUCCUUUGCCCAGUGUCCUCGAGGGGGUGUUCUGGACCACCUUGUGACCAUCACUACCAGCCUGGCUAGUCCCUUCCUUGCCACUGCCUGCUACACUCUUUGCCCUGACCAUCCUCCCACACUGGGCGCCCGAAGCAAGUCUGUGCCAGAGCUGCUAGGUACUGCCCCCCCCUUGUCUCCCCAGCCUCCCCAAGUGGUCCCUGGCUCCCAAAUUUUUGUCCCCUACAGCCCUCAGGGCAUGUUCUCUCAGUGGCUACAGCCCAGGGACCAUACCAGGUCCCUUACCCAAGAUCCUCCUCUCCAAGGCACCUUCAUCCCCCAGCCAGUCCAAGCUGAUGGUGCCCACACAUGAAAGCCAUCAAAGUCUUGCCCUUCCUCUCUGGCGAUACCAGAAGCUCGGGAUGAAGAGAAAGCAACAAGAAGAGGAGCUCAGGGGGGCACAGAAUUAGAGGAAGAUGGGCUAGGCCAGGCUGGGAGCAGGUAACCAUGCCCUUUCCUCAGCUCCUUUCCCAUCCAGAGCUUCUUCUAAAGCCUUCCCACUCAUCUCUGCCUAAGUGAACCCGCUUCCAACCUAUGGACAAGGUUAUUCAGUACAGCAUUGUUGACAACGGCAGAAGAGUAGAGCCAAGCAGGUGUCCCUCAGUAGGGUAUUGGCUGAAUUGAUUAUGGGGUAGUUACUGUCCACCCAUACACUGCAUUCUAAAGCAAGACUAAGAGCUGGGCACAGUGAUGCAAGCCUGUAAUCCUAGCUAUUCACAAGGCUGGGCAGGAGGAUCACAAGUUUGAGCCCAGCCGAGGGAGCUUAGCAAGCCCUUGUCUCAAAAAAUAAAAAGAUCUGGGGAUGAGAUUAGUGGUAAAGCAACCCUAGGUUCCAUCCCCAAUACUGUAAGAAUAAGAAAGCUUUUUACAUUCUGUUUUAAAACAAUCUUUAAAAUGUAUGAAGUGAAAAUAAUUGAGUGGUGGAAAAUCAUAUAUAAAUAAAAUUUGUCAAAAUAAAAUUUUCACAAA